AUGUUCGGUGGUAUCGACUCGGAACGGGACCUUGAAAAGGCUCCCCAGGUGGCCAAGGCGCCUAUGGAUGACAGCAGCGAUGGCGCUGUCCCUGGGGAAAGCUUCAUGUACGGCAACUCGGUCUACGCAAAGCUUCAGCGGCUGGCUGGGAAGUUCAACAUUGAACAACGAGGUGUCGAGCGUGUCCCCGAGAACGAACGGACGGAUACCUCGUACUUCAACAUCAGCAGCAUGUGGCUGGCAGCCAACAUGGUGGUUAGUUCGUUCGCUAUCGGUAUUCUGGGACCUGAGAGCUUCGGACUUGGCUUUGUCGACUCCAUCCUCGUCUGCCUCUUCUUCAACCUGAUCGGUGUCUUGACUGUCUGCUGGUUCUCUUGCUUCGGCCCUGCUUUUGGUCUCCGUCAGAUGGUCCUAACCAGAUUCUGGUUCGGGUACUGGCCGACAAGAUUCAUCGCUCUUCUGAAUGUCUUGUCCUGCCUGGGUUGGUCUGCGGCCAACUCCAUCGUCGGCGCCCAAUUGCUCAAUGCAGUCAACAGUGACGUCCCUGGUUUUGCAGGCAUUUUGAUCAUCGCCGUCUGCACCCUCUUCGUCACUUUCGCCGGAUACAAGGUCGUUCACUUGUAUGAGUUCUACAGCUGGAUCCCAACCUUCAUCGUCUUCAUGAUUGUCUUCGGCAUGUUUGCUCACUCUGGAGAUUUCUGGAACAUUCCCAUGGGAACUGGCGCUGCUGAGAUUGGCUCUGUCCUGUCAUACGGUGCAACUGUCUAUGGUUUCGCUACCGGAUGGACCAGUUAUGCUGCUGAUUAUACCGUUUAUCAGCCCUCGGACCGCAGCCGCCGUAAGGUUUUCCUGGCUGCUUUUGGUGGCUUGAUCCCUCCUCUCCUCUUCACCCAAUUCUUGGGCAUUGCUGUCGCUACUGCUGCCAUGGUCAACGAUGGAAACAACAAGUACGCUACUGGUUAUGCGCAAUCCGGAAACGGAGGUAUCAUCUGGGCUAUCGUGGAACCUCUCGGCGGUUUCGGCAAGUUCUGUCUGGUCAUCCUCGCCCUCUCCAUCAUCGCCAACAACUGCCCCAACAUUUACUCCGUCUCUCUCACUCUUCAGGUCCUGAGUCACCAGACUCAGAGAGUCCCUCGGUUCAUCUGGGUGUUCCUGGCCUCGUGCGUCUCGGUGGCCGUUGCUAUCCCUGGAUACUCCCACUUCGAGGAAGUCCUUGAGAACCUGAUGGACUUCAUCGCCUAUUGGCUGGCCAUCUACUCCGGUAUCGCUAUCGCCGACCACUUCAUCGUUCGUCGUGGCUUCGGUGGAUACCGCCCUGAGCACUACGACAAGCCUGAGAAGCUGCCCUACGGCUUCGCGGCUUGCAUCUCUUUCGCCUUCGGCGUCGUCGGCAUGGUCACCGGUAUGAGUGAGACCUGGUUCGUUGGACCCAUCGCCAAGCGCUCGCAUGGCGGUGAUAUCGGUUUCGAACUGGCCAUCUUGUUUGCGUUCGUCGUGCAUGCUAUCGUCAGACCUAUCGAGCUGAAAAAGUUCGGUCGGUAA